AUGUUUUCUUCGAUAAUCUUCUUCUCUUCUCUCCUCUUCACUGCCGCUACCGCAGCGCCUUUGGAAGCCAGGAGCACCUGUAACCCCGACUUUGAGGGUGCUAUCCUCACCGUGUCUUCCUAUACUGGCAAGCCCUAUGGAAGACUCUCGUGGUCAUCCAACCCCGCCGUCGGAGCACCCGUCGUUGCCAGUACUGCGGCUUCGAGGUGGUACGUCCAGCAGAACGGCGACUACAAUCCUGCCACCUACACUUUCAAGAAUAUAGAUAAUCUCCUCUUUGACGUCGAACUUAAAGAUGAGGGCCUUAUCAUGGACAACAUCGACUGGUCGGGUGCCAAUGUGAACCAAAAAUGGAAAGUUGAAUGUGGGUCGUGUGCUACGGAUAUCGCCCACCAGCUAGGCAUCGUCGCUUCGGGAUGCACGAUCUCUCCGGCUGCUCCCAGCGCCAGCGGGAAGUGCGUCACGCAGAAUGGGUUUGGACAACAGUUGGACUUGGUUGCCUGCCCCGCCGGAGGGCUCGGAAACUUUUAUUUCUCGGUUUGA